AUGCUCGAGACAAACCAGCAGGAAGAAACCACGGCUUUCCAUGGAAUAGGUACGGGCAAUGUGGGCACAUGGGGCCCACCGAUCUAUUCAGAAGGCCAAGAACAGCGUGAUCACACUGAUGCGAACAUGGGACUAUCUUCGUCGUCGUCUGAGAACAAUUUGCAGUUCCCCACGCUGCAGAACCCCUCGGAUGCGCUGGGUAUCCUGGCACAGGUUGCGGAGGAGGACAAUCCGGCAUCAUCAGUACAGAAUCGGCACUCAAGUCAGGCACAGGGCCGGAUGAUACACCCCGCCAUUCCCGGACUACAAUCGACUACGAGCAUCCCCAGUUCAGCUGCCUUACCGUACCAUCUAGUCGAGAAUGGAUCCUUGACCGUGUCGAAGGUCACCGAGCUGUUGCAAAGAUAUCACACAUUCUACCAUCCUUACUUCCCGCUGGUGCCUCCGCAGACAUUCCACAUUGCACGCCUGGCGGAUACGGCGCGCGAAGAGCCGCAUCUACUCACGGCAGUACUCGUGAUCUCCUCCAAAGAUCUCGUAGAAGAACCUCACUUGUACGACCUUUGCGCUGCGUACAUGAAGAUGCUAGUCUCUGAUCUCGCAUCUGGCGGCGACGGCGGCAUAGAGGCUGUCGAAGCACUCUUAUUGCUAGCGGAGUGGGUGCCGUACACGCAAAGAGCCGCUCAAACAGGCAAGGUUGGGCGAGGAGAAGAGGACAAGGAAUGCUGGAUGCACGUGGGGCUCGCAUUAAGGAUUGGCUACUUCCUCGGCCUGGACCGGACAUCUUUCAGGGUGGUUGAUGAGAACGUCGAUGCCCAGUUUAGCCGGAAGCGCCUCGUCUGGACGGCUUGCUACAUAUCUGACAGGAAGAUAUCUAUCAGGGUCGGGAAAGCGUUCUGGUCUCGCGGCCCAGGGCCGAUGACAUCCCUACGACGGGAGGACUAUCCGUCUCUCAUGCCACAGAAUCCGAACGAUGAAGACUACGCCAGUAUCUUCCAGGCCGAACUGGAGCUCACAGCGCUCUUCAGCAACGUCCACGACGUGCUGUACUCGAAUCCUGGGUCUAGCUUUCGCUCUCAUCUCAGCGGAGGGUACAUCAAGUUCAUCGACGACUUUAGGUCCGCCAUAUACGGGUGGAAGAGUGUUUGGGGCACUUUGACCUGCUCGCCGCAGCUCAAGGCCAUGAUGCUCAUGUCGUACGACUAUCUGCGGCUGUACACGAACGCGUUCGCAUUCCAGGCCACGAUCAGGCGGGCAUUGCCGUCAAAAGAGGACGCCUCGUCGUCCGAGAUGCAACAAUCCCCACGGCGGGUCUUCUUCAAUAAUGUCGCAACAGUUGGCGAUGCGCGCUUCAUCUACGAAGGCCUCGAUGCAGCAAAGUCACUACUGACAACAGCCAACAACUUCGUUGACCCGGAAAAGUCUCUCAGGUUCAUGCCGCUUCGGUUCUACCUCUACAUAGUGUACAGCGGCGUCUUCCUCUAUAGGGCCCACUGCGUAGGCGUGAUGGGUCCCGAAGAGGAAAAGGCAAUUCGAUCCAUGAUAUCCGAGACAGUCUCUCGCUUGCAGAGAUCGAGCGUCGGGAUCCAACAUCUGGGGAGCCGCUACUCCGAGCUACUGAAACUGCUGUGGAAGAAAGUCGAUAGAACCCGGAGGCCAACCACCCGUCCUCAGAACCGUGUUGGGAGGGAGUCGAUUGCGCCGAUCAACCACCCCUCUGUAGCCUCCUCGGGUAUCGCCGAAAGUCCGGCGUUGAGCGACCAGGCGGGCGACUUUAUUGGGUCGUGGACGAAUCUGCCCGCCGUGGGCGACUUCGCCAUGAAUAUGCACACGGCCUCUGGCACCGCGGAGGACGGGUUGUGGGACGGCUUUCUGCCGCUGGAGGCCAGUAGCGCGUGGGACCUUGGGCAGUUCGAUGUUGGGGAUCUCAACCUGACGUUUUGA